AUGGACAUCAUCAAGCUCAGCUUGGCACAAGAAAGUUUCGCCAACACUGCUUGUUUAGAAAUAGAGAGGGAAGCGCUGCUCAGCUUUAAACAAGGGCUUCAAGAUCCUUUAGGAAGGCUUUCAUCCUGGAAUGGUGUUGAUUGUUGCCGAUGGAGUGGCAUCAAAUGCAAUAUUGCAGGAAAUGUCAUCAAGAUCAAUCUCCGCAAUACAGUUCCUUCUACUUCCAAGAGGUCGUGUUUGGGCGGUAAGAUAAACUCUACUUUGCUUGAGUUGAAGUAUUUAGGUUACUUGGACCUAAGCUUGAAUUGUUUUGAGGGACUUCAAAUUCCGGAAUUCUUUGGGAAGCUAGAGAAUUUAAGAUAUCUAAAUCUCUCUUUUUCAUUGUUUGAAGGGGAAAUCCCCCCUCAACUUGGAAAUUUAUCUAGCCUGAAUUAUCUUGAUCUUAAUAUGUAUGAUUCAUCAUACUCUUUGUCGUCCAGAAACUUGCGAUGGCUCUCAGGUCUCGCUUCCAUUAAGUAUCUUAACAUGGGAAAUGCUGACCUAGCCAACCUAGGAUCAGAAUUGUUGCAAGUAGUCAAUAUGCUUCCUUUUCUUGAAGAAUUACACUUUCAUAGAUGUGACCUUUAUAAUCUCCCAAGUUCACUUUCAUAUGUCAACUUGACCCUGCUUUCUGUCCUUGAUCUCUCUGAUAAUCAAAUUCAGUCUUUAAUACCAAACUGGAUAUAUAACCUUACCAGUCUUACUAAACUAGAUCUCAGCAAUGACUAUUACAAUCUAAAUGGAAAUAUUCCGAGAGAAUGUGGAGACAAGGACUCUAAAGAAGAUCCUGAUCCACAGUUAUAUUAUGGAUUUGAAGGUCGAAUACCAGGGUCCUUAGGAAGUCUUUGUGGUCUAAAAGUAUUGAACCUCUCAGGAAAUCUUUUAACAGGUGGACUUGAUAAAUUUGUUGACAGCUUUACCACAUUUUGUCCUGACAACAGCUUAGUGUCCUUAAGCCUAAACGGCAACCAGUUAGCAGGAGGCUUGCCAAACUCAUUGGGGAAGCUCAAGUAUCUGAAACAACUCCAUAUCAGUCAUAACUGUUUCUGGGGAUCUAUUCCGGAAUCUGUAGGAAACCUGUCAUUCUUGCAGGAAUUGGAUGUCUCGUUGAACGAAAUGAAUGGAACUAUUCCAAGAACUUUGGGGCAACUUUCUAGGAUCACUGAUUUGAAUUUUAGAGACAACCAUUGGCAAGGUGUUCUAACAGAGGACCAUUUUAUGACACUCGCAAGAUUGCAAUAUCUAUAUGUCAGCACAGACAGAGCCAGACCAUUGGUUUUCAACGCUACAACUGAAUGGAGUCCCCCAUUUAGGCUCUUGUCACUUGAACUGUAUAAUUGUAUAGUUGGACCAGCAUUUCCUGCAUGGAUACGUGCACAAAGUGAACUCAACCAUGUAGUCCUUCACAAAGCAGGAAUUGAAGACACGAUACCUGAGGAGUGGUUCUUCAACAUAUCAUCCCAAGUAACCCACCUGCAGUUGUCUUAUAAUAAAAUAAAGGGGAAGCUGCCUCAGAAGUUAAAAUUUCCAGCACUUGGAUAUAUUGAUUUAAGGAAAAAUCAGUUUGAGGGAUCGCUUCCACUUUGGCUUCCCAAUGCUGCAGAAAUUUACCUUCAACAAAAUUUAUUCUCAGGGCCUAUCCCGGAUGAUAUUAGUGAGCUGACACAACUACAAGUUUUUGAUGUUUCUGAGAACCAUCUUACCGGCAUGAUCCCACCAUCCCUUUGUCUAAUGACAAAUUUGGGAAUACUUUCCCUUAGGGAUAAUCAGUUGUCUGGGAAGCUACCUACUUGUUGGGAUGAUUCGCAGUCGAUAUACAUUCUUGAUAUAUCAAGCAAUAACCUAUCUGGUGAAAUUCCUAGUUCUUUGGGUCGGCUAUAUGAUAUCAUUGUAUUGAGUUUAAGCAACAACAGUUUAAGUGGAGAGAUUCCAUCGUCGUUACAGAACAUCACACAUCUGGAGAGCCUGGAUCUGGGAAAUAACAAAUUGUCAGGAAACCUACCACAGUGGAUAGGGAAUGUUUCCCUCAAACUCUGGAUCCUACGCCUAAGUUCUAAUAAGCUCACUGGAAUCAUACCUGCACAAUGGUGCAAUCUUUCAACCCUUCAUAUCCUAGAUCUUGCGGAGAACAGUCUUUCAGGGGUCAUUCCAAGCUGUCUAGGCCACCUGCGUACACUGGUUUAUACUAAAUCCGACUCAACUGUUGGUUAUGGCGGCUGGCUUGGGCACACCUUUAAAGAACAAAUGUUUAUGGUGACCAAAGGAAGAGAAUUGGAAUACAGCAGCACUCUGAAAUUGGUGAAUAUCAUAAAUCUUUCAGGCAAUAAUUUAACAGGUGAAAUACCACCUGGAAUAACAAAUCUCACAGCACUCGGAACCUUAAACCUCUCCAGGAAUCAUCUUACAGGAAGCAUCCCGAAUGAAAUUGGAAACAUGAGACGGUUAGAAACCCUUGAUCUGUCUCACAACAAACUUUCUGAACCUAUUCCAGACAGCAUUUCAUUGCUGCAUUCUUUGAGUCACUUGAAUGUUUCAUACAACAAUUUGGUGGGAAGAAUUCCAACAGGAAAUCAACUGCAGACACUCACUGACGUGUCUAUGUUUGAUGGCAAUCCUUUAUUAUGUGGGAAGCCGCUUCUGUCCAAGUGUCGCGGUUCUGAAGUCGGUUCUGAUGUCCCCAUUUCAGAAUCUCCAGAUAAUGAUUUUCAAAGUGAACUAGAAAAUCUACUGUGCUACUGUUGUGGGUAUGUUUUUGGUAUUUGUUGUGUUUGGUGCACAUUAUGGAAAAUGGCUACAUGGAGAGAAGCAUACUUUGGGUUGUUUAAGUUAGCUUAA